AUGGCGCUAGCUUCGUCGCGCCACACUCGUUACCGUAAUCACCCACGAAAGGAAGAGUUGCGCACUCGAGAUCGGGACAGGAGGAAGUACCAGGCGCUGAGCCGGCGCUGUAAGGAGCUGGAGCAGGUGAACGAGAGAAUCUUGUCCCGCCUCCACCAAGUGUGCCGGCUGACGCGGCGCCUGAAGAAGGAGCGCAGGUUCCUGAUGAAGACGCUGACUUCCUACGGGGACGACUUCCGCAGCGCUCAGCUGACCCUGCUGCUGGAGGAGGAAGGCGGGGCCCUGGCGGACUCUGCCCACGGUGGGGAGGAGGAGGGACUGCACGAGCCCUCUGGCUCCUCCCCCUCGUCCGUCCUUCAGCCAGCAGCCGGGCCCAGGAAGAAGAGGCACCGCGGCGCGCGGGAGAGAGACCGGGAGCUGCAGGCGGAGCCGCAGUUCAGCGGGUACCCCAGCCCCCCCGACUUCAGCUGACCCGCGGGUGCUGAGCCCCUCCGCAGCCCGGAUCCACGGCUGGCCUGUGGGAGAGGAGCCCACUGCGUCCACAGUCCAGACAUCACUGGGAGCAGGACUCUCUCGUCACUGGCAGCUCACUGCACAACAGUGCCCUCCUGUGGCUGGGCAGGGGUCUCCUGGGAGAGCUGAGCUGGGGGUCCGCAGUGCCGUCGGAGAGCUGAGCUGGGGGUCCGCAGUGCCGUCAGUGAGCUGAGCUGGGGGUCCACAGUGCUGUGAUUGACUGUUUCUGAUUGUAAAAAUAGGGAUUUUUAAUAUAAUUAUUGAAAAUAAUAGAAAAAAAGGUUGUUGAUCCAUUAUUUCUUUUAACAAACACAAAGAUGAACCUCAGAGCAGCCUCUGUAAAUGUGUCAACAAUAAAGGAGAAAGGGCUGUUGGCAAUGGA